AUGGCUAUCAAUACAAAUAAUCAAGCAAGCCCUUCUCACGAAAUCCCCUCCCAAAAUCUCCGCUCGAUCAACAUCCAAGACCUCUGGUCUCACGACAAACGCCGCGUUAACAGGUCCGGCCGCAGGGGAUUAGUCUAUGGUUCUUCCCCAUUGAGGCCUGGUAGGAGCAGCCCGGAAAUACCUACAUCCUCCAUUGGAUAUUGGAUUGAAGGGACUAAUGAAGUGGAAGUAGUUAUUGAAGGGACUACCCAAAAUGGGACUGGUACUCCAGGGACCGGAGAUUUUAGCCAUAAUUCUUUCAUUGCCGUUUAUCGCGGACUGGAUUGGAGGGAUUCUCUUGCGAUGCUCAAUUGGAGAUUGCAAGGGGUGUACGCGGAAAGGGAUGAAUCAUCUACAAUUGCCACUAAUACUACAUUCUCUUCUAUUCAAUCCGACGCUAUGGCGAGUGGCAUUCCAGAGGACAUUGUUGAAGAGACAAUCGCCGAAGAGGCAGUUGGAAAGAAGGCUAUCAGUUCUCUGGAACUUGAACCUUGCUAUUCGAUUCUCCCCUCUGUUAGCCUAAACGACAAGGACCGCGACUCAGAGGGUAUUAAUUCCCAGAAACCUAACGUAUCUAUUCCCACCAUAGAGAACCCCACUUCAGAGCCUGCCUCUUCAGCCCCUCAUCCAGAGAAUAUCUACCACGGACUGAGUUGGGCAGAACGUCUUAAAGUGUUGAACCAAAACCUCCGGGAGGCCUACAAGAAUGACGCAGGGAAUAUCAACACCUCCGCGAAUAAGGCCCGCCCACAAAUAAAUUUUUACGCAGAAGAUCCACCAAUACUCCCUCGCUCGUACCCCCCCGGACUAUUUAUCCCGCCAGUUCCCCCUCCACCCACCCCUAUGACACAGGGGUCGUCACUGGGGUGCCAACAACAGGUGUGCCCAACAUACGAGCCCAAUUGGGGUCCUUACCCGUACUUCUCAGAGCAAAAACCACAGAUACCGCAUCAUCUGUUCUGCCCAUCCGCUUCUCAUGCAGCCACCUGCGGUGGGAUUUUUGUCGAUCCUAGGGCGGUAGCCGCGAUCGAUCACGUAGUGUAUAAUUCUGCUAUGGUGAUGUUUGAAAACUUUCGGCGGCAGUACCUGGCAAUGGAAGGGAAGUCGAAUGUUGGUUGGUGGCCUGUACACGGUAGCGGGUUGGAUGCUAGGGGCGCUACCCAUUCACCUGCUUGGGCGGUCAAUGGCCCCGGAGUUUCCGGCGAUAGUUCGGCGGAAGGGGAAGCCACCAGAGGGAUGGGAGAGGAGCCUCGUGAUGAGAGUUAUGGGGAAGCUAACAAAGAAGCAAAAGUUGGAGCACAGAAUACUACCGCGACCGGUACCAAUGCCCAGACCAUCAUCCCAAGAUUAAGUGUGCGGGACUCUAGCAUUCAGGUCUGCCCUGAGCCCGCCCAGGAUCAAUUGAUUGUUACAGAGACCUCAACUGCUAGUUCCCAGACUGAAGCCAUCGAAAUAGCUUCUACUCGGAGUUUCGGAGUGCAAACCGAAGAUCCUGAAGUCACUGCUACAAGCGAAACUAUUAGCUCUUCUGCCCAGAUUACUUCUACUAAAAUUAGCAGCAUAGAUAUAUCUACCGAUGUAGAAGACCUCCCAGCGCAAACCCAUUCCGCACCCGAAACACAACCCCAACCACCCGCCACCAGAAAACACAAACACAGGAAGAAGAACAAGGCAAAGAUGAACAUAUCUAACACUGAGCCACACCCACACCCACAACCGCCACCGCCACAACCUCAUUUUUCCACUCUCCCUUGCGAAUCCCCUGGUACCCUUGAACAAACCACCGCCUCCAUUGCCAUAGAGAAAGUUAAAGUAUGACUUACACCAAUCCAGACACCACAGUUACAACACACUAACCUCUACAGACACCACUAGAGCCACUCAUUCAUCAGAUCCCCAUUCCCGUCAUCAUUGAACAGGAUGGGGAACUAGUGACCGCAUCGCUCAAGCAAAAGGCUCCAGAAGCCAUCACACAUCCUGAUUGGUUCAAAGCGAUUAUGUUCUGCUCGCUCCUUUUCCUCGCCCUAGAUCUUGCGUUCCAACCGGAGGGGGAUACUUGAGCCGUUUGUCCCCCUCGCAGCCAAAUCCGAGGUUAAGAAUAAGAAGGGAAGGGGGGGAGUAAAGCGAGAGGCGAGGGGAGCGAACAAUGGAAUGGAUGGAUAGAUAGGUAGAGGAGGUAACGGAGGGGAAGCGGCCGCUACUCGAACCGGGGGGAUAUUCCGUUUGCUCUCAAGUCUUUGUGCUUUUACUUCCUUUCCAUUCUUACUUUACACAUUUGCCAAAUUAAUUAGCACUUCUUUUUUUUUCUUUUUUUCUUUUCAUCUUUCUUAUCUUUCUCAUAUUUUUAAUCUUUUCCCUCGAACGACUUAUUGCCUGGACAGUUACCGUAGCAGUUAUCGUAAGAGUUUGGUUAGGAUACAGGUAGACUGUUGUUGGAGAGUGGGUGGCUCAGGAGAUGAGAAUAGUACAGCAGAUGAUUCGGAGACAUUGACCGCGAGCUUUAGGAUAGUUAUGUUACUAUAGUACUUCUUUUUUCUUUCUUUUUUUUCUUUGCCUCCCUGCCUCUUAUGUUUGAUUUUCACAUUUGCAAUCAUUUCGUAUUGGUAGUAUGAUACAAAGGAUUGCUCGACAAAAUCCGCCGAGCAUAAAACAAUGUAAGCGAAUAGGCUUCAAUAAACUUCAUUCUAGCG